AUGAGGUACUACUGUAAACAGGCCGAUGAAGGACAAGUUUCUAGGGGGUUUAUACCGGAAGACCCUGCUAAUUUUGAUAUUAGAAAUUCUAUACUUUCAAGUUUAAGAGAAAAUAUGUUCGACGGGAAUGCGAUUAGAGACCCAUGGGCACAUCUUGCACGCUUCUAUAAAACAACUUCAAUGUGUAAACCUACCGAUGUCACUGAAAACCAGGUCAAGUUGAGGUUGUUUGGGUUCUCACUGAUUGGAAGGGAAAAAUAUUGGUUGAUUUUCCUUUUGAAUGGAACAAUCCAGACUUGGAAGGAAUUGAAGGAUAAAUUCCUUGAAAUAUUUUUCACUACUACUCAGUUUAUCGAGCACCAAGCAUAA